UUUGCCCAACACAAAUCACAAAUAUACCUUUGAAAGAGACCAAUGUGUUUGUCCUGUCUUUCAGGUAUGCUGCUCCGAAAUGUAAAUGUAAUGUUAUCAUUGUAUUAUUUGUAUUAGGGAUGGGCAUUUGAAGAAAUUUCCUUGAUCGAGCAUCGCUAGAGUUAUCGAUCAAUUAUCGAUUAAUCAUUAACUUUUUUCUAGGCUAUAUUGAAAUUCCCGUUGGUAGAAAAUGCAGCAUGUUUUUAUCAAUGAAAUCUUUAUUCCAACAAUAAUGUAUGGGCCAAUAUUAAUACAAUACGGUUAACUUGGAGACCUACAACUGUUUAACAGUUUUAAAAUAAUAAAUACAGGCAUCAUAGGUUAUAGGCCUAUGCGGCGCUCGUAAAGUCCGAACAAUGCGCCUAGCCGCCUACAGGCGCUCUUAAAGGUUUGGAAACGAUUCAACAAGACUAAAUCUGUAGCCUAUUCCAAUUACAAUAAGUAGCCAACUUAUCGGACAACAAUAAUCAAACAAAGGCAGUAGGCUAAAAGUGGGCAUUAAACGGUAUAACUGUUUUGAAAAAACGGGGGAAAAAAGGCCGACAUAUAAUGCCUAUAGGCUGCAGCCGGCGCGCGGAAAAGGCUUGCAACAAAAAGAUGAGCCACCCAUUUACAAACAAUUGCAUGAACUAGUCUAUCUAAAAGCAAUACCUUAUUGAACAUAUAUAAGGCUGAACUUGUUGCUAAAAUAUCACCGUUUUGGCAAAAUGUAACGACUCCAAGAGGCACCAAGCCGAAAGAAAAGCAGAGCGAGAGACACAUUAAGAAAAAAAAGAGCGACUCACAUACGGUGGUGACUGUCCCUACUGUCCAAAGCAUAACUCCAGCCUACAUAUUUUUGUUUGGGAAUAUAAGCAUGUUAACAUGCUCGCGGGUCAGACGCGAACGCAGCCUUGUAACUGUCAGUCCAGCAGCAGAAAACACCCGCUCUGACGGGACCGAAGUUGCGGGGAUGCAGAGGUAUUGUUGCGCUAACUUUGACAGGAACCUUCUUCCAUUCACUUUCCACCAGUCGGCAGGGUGGUAUUUCUCCCACAUAGUGAUAUUCAAUUAAAUGCUUCAAGACUCACAGUAUGCAACACAACGUCCUUUUGAUCGAUAACAAUAUAAAUUGAUCGACGCAUUUCUUAACGAUCGAUUAUCGAGCAUCGAUUAAUUAUGCCCAUCCCUAAUUUGUAUAUAUGUGAUGUGUAUAUACUAGCAGAACUAGUUGACGUGACCUGUGAUCCUGCUGUACAAAUCACAAAUAUACCUUUGAAAGGGACCAAUGUGUUUGUCCUGUCUUUCAGUCCUUUAGACCCAAUCACAACCGUUAUACCUGCGCAAAUAUUCAAAUUAGCCAUGUGCAACAGAAGAUAGACGCAAUGUAAAUACUUGAUUGUUGUGCACUGUUGUGUUUAGCCUACUGCAUGGUUAGUUGUGGUCUUGAAAACAGCCUAGCCUUGCAGUUGGAGUAGUUGGAGUGAUUGUGUGAUUGUGCGAGAGAGAGCGCACCUGCCUUGGUUGUGUUUGGCUUGUUGUGGGCUUUGUGUAUGUGUUCAAUGAUGUAUCUGUCUGAUCGUAUGAGCUGUUGAUGGAUGGUUAAAUAAUGUCACAAGAUCGGACAUACUGCAGGCUCUCAUUUGCAAGUGCACUGAUUAUGUGCCCGUCUCUGAUAUGCUAUAUACCUGGCAUUUAUUCAGUUCAUUGCUCUUCUGAGUGCGCCAGAAUGGGGCCAAUUAUUGUCAUGUUUGCCUCUCCCUUUUAUAAAAUAACGUGGAUCCCAACAACUUAAGCCGAUGCAGGCUCCUAUGUCAGUUUUGCUUUAUGAGUGUGCUUUAAUUGUGUGUGUGUGUGUGUGUGUGUGUGUGUGUGUGUGUGUGUGUGUGUGUGUGUGUGUGUGUGUGUGUGUGUGUGUGUGUGUGUGUGUGUGUGUGUGUGUGUGUGUGUGUGUGUGUUGUCAUGUAGGCUAUAGAUAUAGACUGAUUGUCUUGGCUUGCAUCCCUGAAAUAUUGUAAUGUUAUGGCCUAGGCCUACUGCAUAUUGAGAACAUUUAGAUUGAUGUUGCGCAACAAUCUGGGGAUGAGGACAUCCCGAAUAUUGACGGGUAUUUCGCACACUGCGAUCUCAAUAUAUAGCCUAUAUAAAAAUAUAACACUGUACUCGACACAAAUGAAAGUAACGUUGUUUACUUUUAAUUGUACCGCAAUGCAUUUUUUUUUAAGUCUAUUGUUUAUCUUUUUUGUAUUGUAGUUUAAGCACAGUUACAGUCUCCAAGGUGUUUAAUUAUUCAUCCGUCAUCUGCUGUACACAUCUGUACUGUAGUGAGGGCAGUGUUAUGUUGUGGGGUUCAUAUUGAUGGUCUAUGACGUCCAUAAUGCUUUAGUGUGACGCAGUCACAAUGAUCUUCUCUCUCAAUAAACAGCUAAAGUUCAAAAGGCAAAUUAAGUGAUGGAUGAGUUGUGUUUGUGUCCAGGUCUCCAGUCUACUAUGGAUGAGGAGAUAGAGGAGGGGGGUCCUACCUCUAAGACCACUCUGUCUGGGGAACAUGGCCGCCGGAGCAAAGCUAAGAGCCCAGAGCAGCAGCAGAGAGCAGACUCCCCUGGACCCAGCUGUGUCUCCAUGAAGAGUGACCACUCUAUGGAACCUCCUUUUAACUUUAAAGUUGGAAAUCAGUCUAUUGAGAAAAGAGUCCAGCAGCAGAGAGCAGACUCCCCUGGACCCAGCUGUGUCUCCAUGAAGAGUGACCGGUCUAUGGAACAUCAUGCUACCUUUAAAGAUGGAAAUCAGUCCAUCGAGAAGAGAAGAGUCCAGCAGCAGAGAGCAGACUCCCCUGGUCCGAGCUGUGUCUCUAUGAAGAGUGGCUGGUCUAUGGAUCCUCCUGCUACGUUUAAAGAUGGAAAUCAGUCUAUUGAGAAGAGGCCACACCAGAAGAGGUCAAAGGUUACCAGUGCUCAGUCUGUACAGCAGCCUCAAACAGAGCUGAUCAAGAGGGCUGAGGAGAACGCACACGCUUUCCUCGACAAGGAGCUGAAGAAGCUCUGGAGGGAUCUCUUCCCAGAUUACCCACAAUGCUCAGAGAGUCAGAGGGAGGAGGAGGAGCUAGAUGGUGAGAAGGAGGAGCAGAGGAGGCGCGCCAUACAGGGAGUGGUGAACAUCACAAAGCUCUGCCUGAUGGAGAUGAACCAGGAGGAACUUGCCGACACACUGUGGGGCGGAUCUGCUGCUGUCGAGUGCCAACACAAAAUCAAGUCUCAUUUGAAGAAGAAGUUCAAGUGUGUGUCUGAGGGACUCCCUAAAGCAGGAGAGCGAACAGGUCUGAAUGACUUCUACACAGAGAUCUUCAUCACAGAGAGAGGCAGUGGAGAGGUCAACAAGGAACAUGAGGUCAGACUGAUUGAAACCGCUUCCAGGAAACCAGCCAAGGAAGAAAGACCAAUCAGAUGUGAGGACAUCUUUAAACCCUUACCUGGACACGAUCAACCAAUAAGAACAAUGAUGACAACUGGAGUGGCCGGUAUUGGUAAAACCGUCUUAACACACAAGUUCACUCUGGACUGGGCUGAAGGCAAAGCCAACCAGGACAUACACUUCACAUUUCUCCUCACUUUCAGAGAGCUGAAUUUACUGAAAGGGAAAGAGUUUAGCUUGGUGGAACUUCUUCAUCACCUCUUUAUUGAUACCAAAGAAGCAGGAAUCUGCAGAUUCGACCGGUUCCAAGUUGUCUUCAUCUUGGAUGGUCUGGAUGAGUGUCGACUUCCUCUGGACUUCCUGAACAACCAGAUAUGGAAUGAUGUCACAAAAUCAACCUCAGUGGACAUGCUGCUGACAAACCUCAUCAGGGGCGACCUGCUUCCCUCCGCUCGCAUUUGGAUAACCACACGUCCUGCGGCAGCCAAUCAGAUCCCUGCUGAGUGUGUUGACAUGGUGACAGAGGUGAGGGGGUUCACCGACCAACAGAAGGAGGAGUACUUCAGGAAGAGAUUCAGAGAGGAGACACUGGCCAGCACAAUCAUCUCCCACGUCAAGAAAUCACGAAGCCUCCACAUCAUGUGUCACAUCCCAGUCUUCUGUUGGAUCACUGCUUCAGUUCUGGAGGACAUCUUCAAAAACAAAAAAUCCCAGAUCGAAGAAAUGCCCAAGACCGUGACUCAGAUGUACAGCCACUUCCUGAGGGUUCAGUCCAUACAGGGGGACAGGAAGUACAAUGGGAGGGCUGAAACAGAUCCAGACUGGAGCUCAGAGAGCAGGGAGAUCAUUGUUUCUCUCGGAAAACUUGCUUUUAAUCAGCUGGAGAAAGGGAACCUAAUCUUCUACGAGGCAGAUAUGGCAGAGUGUGACAUCGAUAUCAGAGCAGCCUCAGUGUACUCAGGAGUGUUCACCCAGAUCUUUAAAGAGGAGUGUGGGCUGUACCAGGGCAAGGUGUUCUGCUUUGUCCAUCUGAGCAUCCAGGAGUUUCUGGCUGCCCUUUAUGUCUUUAUGUCCUUCAUCGAUACUGGUGUCAAUCUGCUCUCAGAAGAACCACCAACCUCAAGGAAAGAUAAACUCCUCCUCUACCAGAGUGCUGUGGACAAGGCUUUACAGAGUGAGAACGGACACCUGGACUUGUUCCUCCGCUUCCUCCUGGGCCUCUCUCUGGAGACCAAUCAGAUUGUCCUACGAGGUCUGCUGGGACAGAAAAAAAGAUCACUGACCACUCAGAUUAAAACAGGUCUGCUGCGACUGAAAGGAAGUAGCUCACAGACCAAUAAGGGAACAGUGUCUUACAUCAAGAAGAAGAUAAAAGGAGACCUACCUCCAGAGAGAAGCAUCAAUCUGUUCCACUGUCUGAAUGAGCUGAACGACUGUUCUCUAGUGAAGGAUAUCCAACAGUAUCUGACAUCAGGAAGUCUCUCCGGAGAAUCUCUCUCCCCUGCUCAGUGGUCAGCUCUGGUCUUCAUCUUACUGACAUCAGAAGAGGAGCUGGACGUGUUUGACCUGAAGGAAUACUCUGCUUCAGAAGAGGGUCUUCUGAGGCUGCUGCCAGUGGUCAAAGCCUCCAAAACAUCUCUGCUGAUUGCCUGCCGUCUGUCAGAGAUAUGCUGUGAAGCUCUGGCCUCAGUUCUCAGCUCCAACUCCUCUAGUCUGAGAGAGCUGGACCUGAGUACCAAUCGGCUGAAGGAUUCAGGAGUGAAGCUGCUCUCUGCUGGACUGGGGAGUCCACACUGUACACUGGAGACUCUCAGGCUGCAGGGCUGUGAACUGUCAGAGAGAUGCUGUGAAGCUCUGGCCUCAGUUCUCAGCUCCAACUCUUCUAGUGUGAGAGAGCUGGACCUGAGUACCAACGAUCUGCAGGAUUCAGGAGUGAAGCUGCUCUCUGCUGGACUGGGGAGUCCACACUGCACACUGGAAACUCUCAGGCUGAAGGGCUGUCAUCUGUCAGAGAGAUGCUGUGAAGCUCUGGCCUCAGUUCUCAGCUCCAACUCCUCUAGUCUGAGAGAGCUGGACCUGAGUACCAAUGAUCUGCAGGAUUCAGGAGUGAAGCUGCUCUCUGCUGGACUGGGGAGUCCACACUGUACACUGGAAACUCUCAGGGUGACUGGCUGUCAUCUGUCAGAGAGAUGCUGUGAAGCUCUGGCCUCAGUUCUCAGCUCUAACUCCUCUAGUCUGAGAGAGCUGGACCUGAGUACUAAUGAUCUGCAGGAUUCAGGAGUGAAGCUGCUCUCUGCUGGACUGGGGAGUCCACACUGUACACUGGAAACUCUCAGGGUGACUGGCUGUCAUCUGUCAGAGAGAUGCUGUGAAGCUCUGGCCUCAGUUCUCAGCUCUAACUCCUCUAGUCUGAGAGAGCUGGACCUGAGUACUAAUGAUCUGCAGGAUUCAGGAGUGAAGCUGCUCUCUGCUGGACUGGGGAGUCCACACUGUACACUGGAAACUCUCAGGGUGACUGGCUGUCAUCUGUCAGAGAGAUGCUGUGAAGCUCUGGCCUCAGUUCUCAGCUCUAACUCCUCUAGUCUGAGAGAGCUGGACCUGAGUACUAAUGAUCUGCAGGAUUCAGGAGUGAAGCUGCUCUCUGCUGGACUGGGGAGUCCACACUGUACACUGGAAACUCUCAGGUCAGUUUUACUCAAUAUCUCAAACAGUUACACCACAAGUUCCACAUCAGAGGACAGUUAUAACCCAGUUUAUAAUUCAGUACCUGUGAUGGCCACAUCCAUGACUUUGGUAUCAUUGGAGAAGUAACACCUUGUUGUUUAGGUGGAUAUUCUAAUACAUCCAUAUGCCACAGA